AUGAGCUCGCCAAUGAGCAGCUUGAACAUUCCAGAUUCAAGCAAAUCGGAGAUAGGAUCUCAGCCAACAGAGCGACUUCCAUCUCCACCUCCAAAGCUAUCAGGUAUCGAGCCAACUAUAUUUAGAUGGCCCGAAACUAUGGCUUCCAACUCAAGCUUGCAGGCGAUGUCUCAGCUCAAAAAUCAGUCCGAUGAAAUUUUGAGCUCGCAGCUCCCUGCAACAGCUCGAACUGUUGUGAACGGAAACUAUCAACAGUUUCCCGCAACAAAUGAUCUAGUCGAUCGAGCUCAAUUUCAUAGAGCAAACGAUCCGACAGAUCUAGCUCGAUUGACAAAAGCAAACAGCUCGUCAAAUCGAGCUCUAUCCCAUCCGAUUCCAGCUAAUCGGAUUCCUGUCGAUCCGCGAAACCUUUUGGACUGCGAAUCUUUCGAAAGAUUCCAGGACCAAACAAACCUCGCAUUCCUGGCAAGCGAACUCAACAAGUUUCGAAGCCGAUCUCUGGAAGCUUUCUCAAGCUCCAAACGAAUCACUUCGAUCUACGUCAAUAGAUUCAAAGCAAUCAUUGCUAAGAUCGAAAACCCUAACGAGGCAGUAGCUCUACUAGCCUUCCGAAACAACCUGUGGUACAAAUCAAAAUUCAGAGAAGAACUAAUCGUUCGACCUCCUGUAUCACUCGACGAUGCACUUCGCUGCGCGUCAACCUUUGCUACUUUUGAAGAGGAGAUCAAUCUCCUCCUAGAAAGACAUCGCAAAGGAAGAUUACCGCAACACUCUCUUUCAUUCGCGAACUCAGUUCUCAAACCGAACCCGAGUUCCGAUUUAGAGAAGUUCUGCGAACAUCACCAAAUCUACGGCCAUUCCACCGACGAAUGCCGAGCUAGAGCUAAGGAAUUAGCUAAAAAGCAGAGAGCUGAGGCAAAAUGGAAAAACAAUCAGCCCUCAUCUAACGAUAACGACAAAGCAUCCCGAAAAAGGGAACGCGAAGUCGGAAUCAUCUCCCAAGAAUCACCUCUUUCACAAAGAAGCGAUUCGACUCGACCCAGUGUUCAGAGAGCUCAGCUCACGCCGCAGCUCAAUGACCCUCGCGGUCACCCGCCCGCCCGCACCAAAAGAUAG